UGGUAUAUCCGGGCACGAUGCGUCGUAAAGACUCGACGCUGUUCGCGCCAUACCGUUCAAUGGGAGUGGUAUGUUCUGCUGUACGGCCAGUAAUUCGUCCAAAUGAAUCACAAGUCAGAAUGACCUCAUUAUUGUGCCCAAUCGACAAUGUCAUAUUGCAUUAUAAAGCAGAAAAGCUCAGGCUAAUUGGCAUUUCGGAUGUCCUUCCUGACGUUAUAACUGCUAUUGCAGCUGAUCGAACCGGCGUCUUUGUUGCAUCAGGAACGGUGGUAGCUGUUAUGAAGACUUGUCGCCAUAUAGAUAGGUAUAUAGAUGUCAGAGCAAAGACCAAGUUUAUGACGACCUUGGGUGACUACUUAAUGAAAAUUGUGCUACGGUAUCCCUAUAUUCGCCUGUUUGAAAGCCAUUCGCUUGAUUUCUUGGUUUCGGUUCUUAUUGAUGACGAGAAUGGCAUUCGUGUUUUCAACAUUCCUGAUGGACAAAAACUUCUCCACAUGGAAGGUUCAAAGGAGUUCCGGGUCACAGCUAUGGUGCAUCCAAGCACCUACAUGUACAAAAUCCUAAUCGGUUCUUCCAUUGGAACAAUGCGAAUUGUGAAUUUCCGCACUGGCCGUAUCAUCCAUGAGUUCUCUAAAGGUUUUGAUGCGGCCAUCACAGUACUUGAGCAAUCACCUGCAGUUGAUGUGAUGGCUAUAGGCCUCGAUAAUGGGCAUGUUAUUCUGCAUAAUAUUCGAGUAGAUGAGACUGUAUGCAAAUUCCGACAUGAGAGAGGGAUAUCAGCCGUUGACGACAAGCCUCUCAUGACGACUGCUGAUGUCGGCGGUGACAUCGCAGUAUGGAAUUUGGAAAAACGUCAAUUAGUCGGAAAAAUUACUGAUGUUCACCACGCCGCUGUCACUGAGCUUUAUUUUAUGCCUGGAGAACCCAUUAUGGUGUCAGCAUCCGCGGAUAACUCCUUACGGACUUGGGUGCUUGAUGGAGGUGAUGAUAUGCCCCGGCAACUAGUUAUCCUAGAGGGACACGCGGAAGGAGUAACUGCAGUGCAGUUCAACGGGAAACAAGAGAUUUUGUCAUCUGGGUUGGAUGGCUCUGUUCGAAAGUAUAUGGUGAAUGUAGACACUAUGCGACAGAAGCUUGGCAGCGCAGGAACAAUGUCUAGAGCUAUUGCGAAAAAGAAGCAUAUUUCAAUUGAAAGCAUACGUAUGGAGCCUGUAGUUGAUAUGGCAAUUGGGUGGAGUCGGGAGGCGGCUUGGGAUAAUGUCUUGUGUCGGCAUAAAGACACCUUAUUAGUAACAACCUGGACAACUAGGAAAAAUGCUCAGGGAACUCAUAAGCUGGUACAUAAGAGGUUCCUUAAUGAUGAAUCACUAUGUUGUGCCACUGCGACGGCAAUUGCGCUUUCUCCUUGCGGGAAUUUUGCUUUCAUUGGAUAUUCCACUGGGCAUGUGGAUCAAUUCAAUGUUCAAAGUGGGCUUUUCGUAAAAACAUACACAAAAGGCAUUCAGUCUCAAGAGAAGAUGAGCAAAAGGGAGAAAUCUAAGUUGGAAAAAGCGCAUGAGUCGAUGAUAACGGCCCUGACAGUGAACGCACGUGGCUCGGAACUGAUCACUGCAUGCUCCAAAGGCAGUCUAAAGUUUUGGCAACUGCGAACUGGUCAACUGUUAGCGACAAUGCGCACUCGAUUACGGAUAGAACGCUCAGCGCCGUGCACGUCGAAUAGCUUACUGGCUGUAGCUUGUGCAGGAGACGAAGUAAGAGAGAGAGCGGUGUUUCUGUUUUUUAUAGUACGGUAUAAGCCGGAAAUGUUCCCUUCAGGUGGUUCGGUAGCUAUUGUGGACACAUUGUGCCGCCGAGUCGUGCGUACCUUCAAAUCCGUUGGUCAUUCUGUGAAUGCAUUGACAUUUUCAAGUGACGGACGGUGGUUGUUAACAGCAGAUGACAAGAAAUAUAUAAGGGUCUGGGAACUGUCGACUUCGCAACUCAUAGAUGUGAUGGUGUCCGAUAAACCGUGCAUUGGAAUGUCUUUCAACAGCUCCGGCGAAUACCUAGCCACUGCCCAUAAGGACGAAAAAGCCAUUUAUGUGUGGGUGAAUAAGAGGAUGUAUACAUCCCAUGUGAACAUUCGAGCGCUUCCACUGGAUUACGUACCAACGUGGGCAGACUCUUGCGCGGCAGAGAUCGGGGUCAAUACAGUUGUUAUUGACGACGAGAGUGAUGAGGAAUGGCGGAGUCCAGAUACGCUUGAUGAAUCACUGGUGACCUAUUCUGGCUUGGCUCCGUCCCGAUGGGCAAACCUCCCAAAUCUGGCAUUAAUCAAAGAAAGAAAUAAGCCCGACCAACCUCCGAGGAAGCCGAAACAAGUUUGUUUUUCUGCGCAAAUUACUGACUCAGCAUUGUUAAGAUCUCAUAAAUUUCUUGCUCAGGCGCCUUUCUUCUUGACAGCAGCUCCUACUCUGGAGGGAUUCGAGUUUGAAGUUCCGCAGGAAAAUGAGGAAGAAACGCGAAGGACCUUACAAGCCAAACGAAGCCUAUUGGAACUUGAAAGUUCAUUCAGUUCGUCGUUAAGGGCAGCUGAAACGGUGGAGCAGCUUUCUGUAGUAUUUUCUUCUUUGAAAAAGAUGUCGGUUUCCGCAAUCGACUUCCAGUUACGGACCUUGCCAGUGGAUUUGUUACCGAAGUUUUUCAGAAUGUUGAAUGAGGUGUGUUGUUGGUUUUUAUUAGCUAAAAUGCAACGAACCUUAUUUUCCCUUUAUCUGAAAACCUUUUCUCGAUAUCACGGAAAAUUAUGUAUGCCUCAAGCCUCGUCAUCUUGA